AUGCUUGGACCUACCCCCAAACCAAACCGGCGAAGUUCCACCCAAAGUAUUGAGCAUGCGAAGCAUCGUCGGACAAGAUCUGGUUGUUAUACUUGUCGCAGUCGACGGUGUGACGAACGCCGCCCAAAAUGUGAUAGAUGCACGAAAGGCAACCGAGAGUGUGUAUACCCAGAUGUACAGACACCGGUUCAGGGGGGUUCAGGGACUAUUUCAUCUAAAGCUAGACAACCGAAGCCUUCGGAAAGCCCUGGUUCAUCUGAAGAUGAAUACGAGGACCGGGAAGUAGAACGUCUGGAGGUGAUCCGAGAUGAAGUUGAGAUUGAAAAUCAAGCUGGGCAUCCGGGAAAUAGUUGGAGUUAUAAUGCCGGCGCAUCGAAUUCGCAGCCUACUGCCCGGGUCAAUGGUGCUACACGGCAGAGCUCGGAGGCUCCUUCAUUGAUACAAGACAAAGGCUCUUCUCCAACACCUUCAACUGAAGGUUCUAUUGGUUACUCUUCAUUCAAACACCUUGGAGGUAGUUAUCAAUCCUAUGACGAAACACUGGCAAACGACUCAGAGUCCGGCAAUUUAAGGGUUGACUGGUCGCAUUUACCAGCCGAUCUACAAUUUUACUUAACGUAUUUUUCUCGGAAUAUAACAUUUAUGCAUUAUAGCUUGAGGUCGUACCAUAAGGACUUCAUUCAUACAUUGUUAAUGGACGCCGCCCUCCGUAAUGAACCGCUUCUUUACGCAAUCGUAGGAUUUUCGGCUUUCCAAUUUGCCGUGGAGAAGAAACAAGGCAAAAUCCAAGACUUCUUGCAAUACUACAAUAAAGCCGUAUCUUUACUUUUAAGGUCAUUGAAGAAAGGUGAUAAGCAUACUACAGAGACGCUUUUGGCUAUUUUACAGCUCGCAACGAUCGAGGAAUAUUUUGGCGACUGGGCGAAUCUUUUGGGCCAUCAAAAGGCUGCGUACGAAAUCUUAAUAGAUCUAUAUGUUCCGCAAACAAUCGUUGAGACGGAUAUGGGCCGUGCCCUUUUCAGCUGGUAUACACGUUUCGAUGUCAUGGCUGGAAUCAUGGGUGGUUUUGAUGCCGCCAUUCCCCGAGAAUGGUUUUCAUACUCGCAAGAAUAUUUCGAAAAUCAAAUUGCGAAGGACCCAAUCAGCUUAGGAUGGAGAAUAGAGCAUCAACUUUCCACGAUGCGUCUCGUAGGUAAAGACAUGUCGACGCUAUUUGCGAAGAAAGGAAGAGGAGAAAUCACCCACGAACAGUUUGUUAUUGAGAAUACGAAGAUAACGCAAAGGAUGAAAGACUGGAAAGAAAACAUGGACCCGACCCUAUUAGAUCGUCGAUUUUUGGUCAUGGAUUUCUCGCCAACACAAAACCACUCCGGCAGCCUUUUUGAUCCGUACAUACCGGGCGUAAUAUACAGUGGUCCACUUUGGGUCAUCAAUGUAGAUCUGAUGGACUGGCAUGGUAUGUUUCUGAUGCAUGGACUCCAUACUGCUCAAGCGAUGCAGACAAUGCCUGAUCUGCAGCAUAUGAGUAGUUUGGCCGAGGACUUUUGUCAAUUGUAUGAGGCCAUAAUGCAUCACCCGGAGACACCUAAGGGGUCGGCAGUAGGUCUCCAAGGAGGUCUUGGUAUUGCUGCAUUCUUCUUACCAAAGGAUGAGGCACAUACCAUGUGGAUGCGCCGAAAGUUGGCAACAAUAGAGUCUCAGGGGUUCAUACAAACCUUCGCAUUUAGGAGUAAAAUGGCUGAACUAUUUCGAGAUAAUUCUUGUAUGCAUUGGUGGCUACCAAACGACGAAAUGUACCACCCAAUAAUUCGAUCUAUACGAAAAUUUGUCCAGGACCGAACCUCAUCGCCCAAGAACGCCGAGAGUAAGGAUGUUCAGGACAUGAAAGCGGUUUUCUCUGCCAUGGAUGUUAGUGACCAGAGCGAUAGCUCACCCCAAAUGACUAAUAAGGGCAAGUCGCCGGCAAUGGAAGUCGACGUCGCCAGCAGUGCAGGGUCACCUGCACAAAGAAGUAUGACUUACAGUCAAAGCGAAUAUGGAGACGGCUCUAAUAACGGACAAUCUUCCUGGAACAAGCAGACUGGUGGAUAUCAAUAA